ACUGAACCUGUGCAAUAAGCUUCUGUUUUUGACCUUACGAUUCGGUGAAAGCGUUAGGCGUAUUCAGAAAAGAUGCCACUGAGAAUUGACUCAAGAGCUGACGAUGUCGACAAACAUGAACACGAUAUUAAUUGUUUAUUGUUUCAUGAUGGCAAGCUGUAUAGUGGAGCAGAUGAUGGAACUAUUAAAUGCUGGUUACCAGAUCUGACUAAAAAAUCUGAGAUAAAAGCCAAUUCAUGUUCGGUAUACAGCUUAGCGGGCGAUAACAAUUGUAUUUAUUCAUGCUCAAAUGAAGGAAGUGUUGAUUCUUAUGCGUUGGAUACAUUGGAAAAGAAGUCAGUCCUGAUCCAAAAUUCCGAAGUAGAAUAUUGGAGAGUUCGAUGUGUUAAUGGAGUGUUGUAUUCUGGAGAUCACGAAGGAUUUGUUAAAGUAUGGAAAAAUGGAACACUUUAUGGAUCAAUUAAUAUCUGCGAACCAGUUAAGGACAUGGUUAUUUUUAAGAACCUCUUAAUUACUGCUAACAUGGGUAUUGUUGUAACGGAUCUUAAGCUGGAAGGUGAGAAAAUUCAGUUUGGAGUAAAGGAUUCUCUCGGCGGUACAUUUCCUUUGGCCUUAAUAGGAGGAAAAUACGUCGCUCACGUUAUUCGAGAAGCAACUGAUAUUGUUGUUAAUGAAAUCAGUGAUUCUGGACAUAUUAAAGAAAUUACUAAAACAGAGGGUGCCCAUACAAAAAUUAUUAACUCACUCGCCGGAGCAAAAUGGAACAACAAAAACAUCAUCUUCAGUGGUGGCUGGGACAAGAGUAUCAAAAAGUGGAUCAUAGAAAAUAACUCAAUCACACUGGAGGCAACUAUUGAUGCUGGUAUAAUUGUAAAUGCCAUAGAAGUUGGAAGGGAUGGUGAAAUAUAUGCUGGCGGGGAAGAUGGCCAUAUUGUUCGUAUUCAAGUGGAGUAGUAGCUUGAAGUAUUUACUUCUUUAGGUUUUUAAGACAUGUAUUUAACAUUAAAAGUUAGUUAUAUGAUUAAUAUUUUUAACUUAUUAACAAUACGUAUUUAUUAUUAUUUAUUACUGUAGUUUUGUAUCAGAUUUGAAAAAUAAAUAUAAAAUUAUACUCAUA